AUGAAGCGAAGCUGGUACGCGUCGGGACGGCCUCGCCCUCGACUGGCGAAGAAAAACGUCGGGGCUCUGCCCAGGAGACGCACGACCAGGCAGACACCCGAACUGCAGACUCUGAACCUUCACCAGGACCGGCCGAGUUCUGCACGUAAUCCCCGUCCCCGCCAGCCGUCGCUGGGUCCCGAGAUGCCUCCGGCUGCAAACGCACCCCGCAGCGAGCUCGCGGCGACAGACGAAAGCGGACCGCCGUACCUCGCCAACAAAGCCGUGGCGCGCGCAGGCGAAAAGAAGCAACGCGGCGACCGACAGGCUCAGAACGCGUCGCUCUUUGCGGAGGCUAUCGUGUGCGGGAUCGAGGCCUCCGAUGGAUUGCUGGCCGCGGCCACAGCCGCAGGCAGCUCCACACCCGCUCUGGACAUUUACGCUCUGCCGCUCUGCCGUCUGCCGUAUCUCGUCAACGCCGCCAUUCCUCCGAAAGACGCGCCGCACAUUGGACUCGAGGCAGGAGGCGUCAUUGACAUCGACUUGGAGCUUCUGCCGUCGAACUACGUGAACAACAUGCCCCUAGCGGAGCCUCGCUUUUCCGGGAAGACCAUGUCGCCGCGAACCGACGGGUCGUCGGCGCGAGCAGCUGCAGACUCGGCGACUCGGCCCAGUCGGGGACUUGCCGCCUUUUCGGCGUCUCCGGAGUCGCUGGAGCGCGGCGAAGAAAGCGCGGCGUCUUCUGGAUCUCCAGCGUCCGCGUCGUGGAAGCUGUCUGACUUGCCUCAAGUCGUGCAGGAGACCGUCUCCGGCGUGGAAAGCGCCUUCCGCGGACUGGCCGGCGACGUUGCCUCCGCGCUGCGUCAGACAGUGGGCGCCGUGUCUCCGACGCUGCUGUACCGCGUCAAAGAGUCUCAAGACGAGAGCGGCGUGGACGCCCCCGCAGAUGAGGGAGGAGCGCUGGACGAGCGUGCGGGUGAGGCGGGCGUCGGCGCCUCGGCCGCCCGCAGAGUCUCCGAGAAACGAAGCGCGAUGGAGGCCAGACGGCUCGAGGCCUUGCCGUUUCCCACGGCUCCAAUCCGCGACGGUCCCCUCGUCGACUCCGUCAACAACACCUUCGUCCUCGUCAUGGAUCACUUCCAGUUUUUGUUCUUCGAACAAGACGGCGACUGGCUGCCGUCGUUCACGGCGGCCGACAACGUCGUCGCAAACUCGUACAUUCCUGCUUUCAAGCGCCUUCCAUUUACUGCCUCGCGCAUGCAAGUUCGGAUUCAAGUUCCCCGGAGGGACCGGUACGCAGUGGUGCUUCUCAACGCCGACGGCCUCGACUUGCGUCUUCGCGGCGCGGUGACCUUCAUCAAUCCCGGGAAUCAGCAGCUGUCCGCCGAGCAAAUCUGCCUGCCGGAUACGGUCUUUGGUCUCAUGAUCCUUUACCUCUUCACGUCCGGCGUCCUCGUGCUCCUCAUGCUCGUCUUUCGGCGACGAAAAUGGAGCGGCGUUCACCUCUUGAUGCUCGGAAAUUUCCUCUUCGCGGCGCUCGCCUUCUCCCUCGACUGGCGACAAGCCGUCGAAAUGUCGGAGCACGGCGUUCGGCACCCCGCCCUGUGGGUUGCCUCGCGAGUGGUCAAGAAGAUGCAGGACGUUGUCGCCCUAACGACUUUCAUUCUCGUCGCCCUCGGUUGGAAGACACUGCGCUCGCAGCUCAGCCGCAUUGAGGUCCAGUUCGUUGCGGGUCUCUGCGUCAUUUCGCUCUACCUCGGAUUCUUUGAAAUCAUCCUCGGCGGUUUCCAGGGUACACGCUACAUUCUGCAUGCGCUGGGAUACAUAUGCGUCCUCGUCGCGAUCAACGCCAACCUCGCGCUCCUAUACUCCCACAUUGUCGAAUCCAGCCUCAGUCCUUCCACCGGCGAGUUGUACCACAAAUACGACGCGUACCAGACCUACCGAUGGAUCUUCUUCCUCUAUUUGAUGAAGCCCGUGACUCUGGUGUUCUUCAAACUGACCUUCCUCAAUCUGGCGUACGAGCAGCUUCUCUCCUGGGAUGAAUGGGUUUUCGUUUUGGUGGACAACGGCAUGGACUACCUCAUUUACGUGGGGCUCCUCUACGCCUUCCGGCCUGUCGUGUCGAUGCGCGUCCUGAAAGAUCUCACGCCAGAAAAUUCAGGCGACGAGCGCGUGACCCGCGCGGCUCCCGCGACGAACGUGUGGCAGGCGUGA